UAUCUCUCUCUCUCUCUAGUCUCUACUAUAGAUACGAAUAUUCUGUAUCAGAAUUCUCACACAGUAAACACAGAAUCCCGUACGUUAGAAAUGGCUUUGCAAGUGUACAGUGCAGCUCCAAGGACUUCCAUGGUGCAAAAUUAUGCGUUGCAGGGUUUUUACAUCAGCAAGCAGCCAGCUGUGGUCUGCGUCGCAGGUGAUUACACCCAGCCGAUGAGGAGAAAGGGAAGGGAUAUGAGUUUUCGGGUGAAGUCCAGUUUGGAUGCCACGUCAGCGGUUGUUGCGGAGGUAGGCCGGGUGACAGAGGUUAGUAUGGCAACUUUUUGGCCUAUUGUGGAAGCCGCCGGUGACAAGACUGUCGUCCUCGAUAUGUACACCCAGUGGUGUGGCCCGUGCAAGGUUAUGGCUCCAAAAUAUCAAGAAUUGUCAGAAAAAUAUGACGAUGUUGUCUUCUUAAAACUCGACUGCAACAACGAUAACAGGCCACUGGCAAAGGAGCUAGGGCUUAAGGUGGUUCCAACAUUCAAGAUAUUGAAAGAUAGCAAGAUUGUUAAAGAAGUUACCGGAGCUAAACUUGACGAUCUUGUCGUUGCAAUCGAGAAUGCAAGAUCUAUUUAGCAUUUUCCUUUUAUUUUAAUUUAGGCUACCCUCUGCAACCCUGUUAAUAGAUCAAUAUUCUCAACCUUAUUGAUUAAUCAUACUAGAAUUUCUGCAAUGCAAGUUUUGCUAGUAUUUUUAUGUAACUAUUUCAUGUGUUCAUACUCGACAUUAUCACCAAAGAUGAUUCGACCUUGAACAGCUCUAUAAGGGUCGACUGUUCAAAGAUUGGGAAA